AUGACUAGCAGCACUGCUGUGAAUGCCGGAUACUGGUAUUGCAAGGGUGACUUGCAGCCGGAGAACAUAGAUUCCAGCCUUUUCACCCAUCUUUUUGCUGCCUUUGCCGAUGUCGACCCUGGCACCUACAACCUCAGGUUUCCUCCCGGGUAUGAGACUCAGUUUCAAUCCUUCGCAAAAACCGUGAAGAGCAUCAACUCUGAUGUUAAAGCCAUUUUAUCCAUCGGUGGAGACACUGAUCCUUCCAUUUUUGCCAAAAUCGCUAGCGAUUCUAAUUACUGUAAAACAUUCAUAGAUUCCUCCAUUGAUGUAGCGAGGGAUUUCAACUACAAUGGCCCCUCAACUGGCAAGUGGCGAGCUGCCGUGGACAAAGAGGCUGCAGCUCAGAGCACUGGCAAUGCCAAGCUGCUUCUAACCGCAGCCGUCUCUGAGUCUCCACAGCAUUAUCCCAUUCAGGCUAUCGUAAAUUCCUUAGAUUGGAUCAACGUAGUGGCCUAUGACUUGAAGACCCCUCUCCCUCUUUCCUCACCCAAUUUCAUUGUACCGCCUGCUCCAUUUUUCAAUCCAAGAGGCUCUAAUCUAGUUCUUAGCGUCGACGUCGUUGUCAAUGUUUGGAUCUAUGAAGGCGUGCCGGCCAACAAAUUAGUCCUCGGCCUUCCAUUUCAUGGCCGCAGUUGGCUUCUGCAAAAUGCUGCUAACCAUGAAAUAUUAUCACCGGCUAAUGGAGCUGCGACUGAAGUCGUAAGUGACCCCGUACCUUAUCGACAAAUCCAAGAACUUAUUAAAGACAAACGUGGCGUAGAAGUGAUCGAUCACAACUAUGUCGCACAGUAUUGGUAUGUUGGAACAACGUGGAUUGGUUAUGAUGGAAAGGAUAUCAUCUCUUCUAAGGUUACAUAUGCCAAGCAAAAUGAAUUGCUUGGUUACUUUCCAUGGCAUGUGGACAGCGACGACUCUGACUGGGCUCUUUCGAAGCAAGUAAUGGUGCCACAUCCUUGA